ACGAGAAAUCCGGCUAUUAGCCCUACUUUUCGUGUCAGUGAUCGUCGUCUCAGAAUUUAGAAACAAUUCUCUCUUCUCUUCUCUCUCAUCUUCCACUUUUUUCCUUUGUGGAGGGGGAUGAGAAAUUCUCAGGGAUUCAUACAAGAGCUGGUGCUGUACGCUGCUAGUGCGGCGCUGAGCUGUCUUGUCCUCUUCGCGGGGCUUCGCCAUCUCGAUCCCAACCACGCCGCCUCCAAGAAGGCCCUUGAGCAGAAGAAGGAGAUUGCCAAGCGGCUUGGCCGACCCCUUAUCCAGACCAAUCAAUAUGAGGACGUUAUAGCUUGCGAUGUUAUAAAUCCUGAUCAUAUAGACGUUGAGUUUGAUUUGAUUGGAGGAUUGGACAACAUCAAAACAGCAUUGUUUGAGCUGGUUAUUCUUCCUUUGAGACGACCCGAAUUGUUUGCACAUGGGAAGCUUCUUAGCCCACAAAAGGGUGUCUUGUUGUAUGGACCUCCAGGUACAGGGAAGACAAUGCUCGCUAAAGCCCUUGCCAAAGAAUCGGGAGCUGUUUUCAUUAAUGUGAGGGUAUCCAAUUUAAUGAGCAAAUGGUUUGGUGAUGCUCAGAAGCUUGUGGCUGCAGUAUUUUCUCUAGCCCAUAAGCUCCAGCCUUCCAUUAUUUUCAUUGAUGAAGUGGACAGCUUCUUGGGACAGCGUCGAACUACCGAUCAUGAAGCCAUGACUAAUAUGAAGACUGAAUUCAUGUCUUUAUGGGAUGGUUUUACUACCGAUCAGAAUGCACGUGUGAUGGUUCUAGCAGCCACAAACAGGCCAAAUGAGCUUGAUGAGGCGAUAUUAAGGCGAUUUCCUCAGGCAUUCGAAAUCGGCAUACCGGACCGUAGUGAGAGAUCUAAGAUUCUAAAGGUUAUUUUGAAGGGUGAAAAUAUCGAAGAAAACAUCGACUACGAUUAUAUAGCAUACCAUUGCGAAGGAUUUACAGGGUCGGAUAUUUUUGAGCUCUGUAAGAAAGCGGCCUAUGUUCCGGUUAGAGAGUUAUUGAAAGCUGAGAAGAAUGGAGAAUACCCCAAUGGUCCAAGGCCAUUGAAGCAGUCGGACCUGGAGAAAGCACUAUCAUCCUUCAGAAAAGCAAGAAGAUCAACGGUCGGAUAUCAAUCUCCUCUUUGGGUCCCACCAACAAAUCCUGUUGAUGAUCAGGUCCAGCAUGCAAUUUCCGAAAUCUCAGAGCUAAUGUCUCAAAUCAUGAACAGCCAAUCUGAAGCUCGCAAUUCAUAGGUGUCUUUUCUACAGGGAUGAUAGUGUUGAGCUUGUGGGACUCAAUUUUGAUUAGUAUUUAUUUUAAAAUUUGAUAAAUGAUAUUUAUAUUAUAUU